AUCGUGUUGAGUUUUUUUUUUGGUGAAGAGGGAGAUUUACCCAUUGCUUAGGCAGUGGUCCUGCUGCUGGGGGUAUAUGUGUUUCCCCUUUGUUAUUUUAAUCUCUGCUUUGGAGGAUAACAAGGAAGCCGGAGGGAUGACAUCGCAGAUCAAUAAUCAAGUUUGUGCAGAAGCGGGCUCGGGAGCGGCGAUGAUUUCUGAGCCACCGAAGAAGAGACAGAGAACAGUGGAGGACUUCAACCAGUUCUGCACGUUUGUCCUGGCAUAUGCGGGCUACAUUCCAUACCCAAAAGAGCAUGACCCCUGGAUCCAUGCAAGUCUGAGUCCUCGGAACAGCACAGGGAGCACACUGGACAGCGAUAGCUGGGAGUCCUCCCGCUCCUCAGACUCCCACGUUCUGCACUGUGGCAAAAAAAUAAAAUGCACGGUGGACAAAGAAGUGAUGAAGCGGGCGAAGUCAGACAGCUUGUUGUUGGAGCGGCCGAAUUUCACCAGCUCCCUGUUUGAAAGUCCUGAGAAAGCCAAGUCGGAGAAAUUUAAGAAGAAAAAGGUGUCCUUGAAGAAGCUGAGUCUGGAUGGAGUGAGGAAGAGGAAGAGUCCUGAAGGCGGGAAGAGAAUCAACUUGGAAAAUGGUAGGAAGGCUGUGUCCCAGCCACCAGCUGAGAUCAUCAAACCAAUCGAGAUCCGACAGAGUGUUGAAAAGGUGCCACAGAGUGAGACUGAGUCAGAGGAGGAGACGCUCAAAGUCUCACCUGAGGCUGAAGAGAUCAGCACAGUGAGCUCAUUGAUGGAAAAAUUGGAGAAGGAGGCAGUGGAUGCGGAGAGAACUUUGGUGAACGAGCAGGCGAAAGAACUGCAGGAAGAUCAGAAAGAAAAGCAGGAAGUGACAGAAAAGGAAGAACAGCAGGAAGCAGAAGAAAAGAAAGAAGCAGAGGAGGAGAAACUCAGCAAAGAACUGGAGGCGAGCGUGACUGAUGGGAACACUGUGGGCUCGGCUCCUCCUCCUGACACAGACAUAGACCCCACAGAAAACCUCAAGAUUGAAGAUGAUGACUCCUGGGAUCUGAUCACAUGUUUCUGUAUGAAGCCAUUUGCCGGCAGGCCAAUGAUUGAAUGCAAUGAGUGUGGGACCUGGAUCCAUCUCUCAUGCGCUAAAAUCAGGAAAUCGAAUGUUCCUGAGGUUUUCAUCUGCCAGAAGUGUAAGGACUCCAAGCAGGACAUUAGGAGGUCCAAUCGAGCUCGAACGGGGCCCAAGAAACGCUUCAGCGAAUGACUAGUUAGAGGCCUGACAAUUCUGGCAGGUCGUAGAGACAAUCAUGCACAAUGGGAAAUGGAGAAGGUGUUUUGAGAACGUUGUGGGACCAACUCUAUCCUGUCUGCUCAGGCGUUGAACAUCUGCCUUCUUGACAAAAUUCAAUGGUGCAGGAUUCACCGUACGUUGAAUAUGUAUAUAAUCCAAGACCUGGAACUAUCAGCCUCUUCUGGAUCACCCAAGCUCUUCGAAAUCUCCUCUUCUUUUGGUAGUAAUCUCUUUAAAACCUGUGACUUAGAGACUGGACCAAGACAGUGACCUGUUCCGCACUGUCCUAUUUAAAGUAGAUCUGUGAUUAUGAAGCAGGACUUCUAAGUAAAGAGAUGCCAGGAAA